AUGGCAGGGGGUAUGAUGACAGCCGGCGAGCUCCUGCUCGUAGCAAUGGCGUUCCUGCUGAGCAGCGCACCUUGUUGUGACGCGAGAGUAAGCAAGGAAGAGUUCGAACAUGGUUUUCGGCAUGGAGAAAGGCGUUCUGUGGUUGCCAAGAACCUUCCCGGAAGACCUCUCAUGAUUCACAACCCCGACACUUUGCUGCUUCAUCAUACAGAAGACAGAGCACAUGCAAAGCUCAAGACUCGAUUCCGACAAGACUCGACCAUUGCUCAGCAACAGAUUGUGUUUGAGAAAUCAAGCAAGAGUCAUUACCUCGUUCGAGUGAAAUAUCCUGCUCCUGCAGAUAUGCUCUCCCAGUUGAAGGCCACCAGCGGAGACGACUUUGUGCAAUACAUUCCAUACGAUACGUAUGUGGUUGCCAUGGAACUUUCUAGGAAACUUGACGUUGCAAACAUGGAGUAUGUGGAGUCGAUUUAUCACCUCCCGUCGAGCAUGAAGAUAUCCAACGACCUGCAGGAUUACAUCUCGUUGGCGAUGAGAUCGCUCUCAGCCAAGCAGCCCGAGACAGUCAUCAACAGCAACCCCCAGCACCCUGAGAAGCGAGGCACCCUAGACAACAGCCACAAGAAACACAAGAGAAACCAGGGAAACGCGAAGUCUCAGACCAAACAAGACAAAUAUGGACAUGGCAAAGUGAAGGGAGCACCGGCUGGACCUGAUGAGAGCGUAUUUCUUGAGGCAGCCAUCUCAGUUCAUCCCAAUCAUCUGUCUCUAACUAAUAUGCUCCGAUUGUUGGAAAACGCUUUCAGCACAAGUUAUGGCAAGAUCGCUCAAGUAUGGGCGAAAACGAGCAGCAAGCUGACGAUUGAAACCAACGCGCAAAAUGUUGUGAAGGUUGUAGAGCACUUGGCCAAUCAAGCAUCGGUGAAAUGGAUGGAAAAGAGGAAAGGGUACCGCACUAUGAACAAGUAUUCUUCUUUGAUCGUUCAAGGGACCUAUAGGUGGCAACCAACCCAAACCAAACUGGAACAGCUCGGGUUGAACGGAACAGGGCAAACAGUGGGAAUAGCAGACACAGGCAUUGAUUUUGACUCUUGCUUUUUCCAUGACCCCAAAGUCGAGGUCUUGGUGUGUUUGGAUUGUUAUUUCUCUGACGUUUGUAGCAAAAUAUGCCCUGCUCAACCCCGUCACCGUAAGAUUUUGUCCUACAACUCCUACGCCCCUCCUACACUCUUUCCUCAGUCUUAUGACUCGUAUCAUGGUCACGGCACGCACGUGUCCGGUAUCGUUGCUGGCGCCGCUGGUCCCAUCAACACUCUUGCUACUCAGUAUAAUGGAUCAGCUCCAGGUGCAAAGAUCGUGUUCGAAGAUGUCUCGAGUUCGGAGCCUUACCUCAACUACCUGCCAUGGGAUCUCGGCUCCAGUCUGUUUGCUCACGCAUAUAACAACGGAGCGAAGAUUCAUUCAAAUUCGUGGGGUGGUAGUCCUUCUGAAUACGAUUUCCAGUGCAUGGAAAUCGAUGCAUUCAUGUAUAGCAUUGACGAUUUUCUGGUUGUCUUUGCUGCAGGGAAUAGCGGUCCCAAUCACUUCUCUAUUGGCAGUCCAGGGAAUGCCAAGAACAUUCUAUCGGUAGGAUCAAGCUUGAACUCCCGUGAGUCGUACGUGGCGCAUGGUUAUGGUACCUACUUCAACCUCUCCAUGCUGCUCUCUGAUGGCUCAAAGGAGAGAAUGGUUGACAUCCUGCCUGCCUCCUUCGGAGCUCCGCUGACCCCCGACAUGGAACCAAUCAACGCUUCGAUAGUGGGUCAAGAGUUUUACAGCUGGUGCGAUCCGUCUGCUCCGUGGUGCAUGAAUAUAGAGUCAUUGCUGUGCCUGCAGCGUCCGAACUCGAACUCAACUUGCUCGAGUCAGAAUUCACCUGAACCUAAGAUUUCAAUGAGGUGGUCGGACAUCCAGACAGUUGCAAGCCUUGGAAACGUUCAAUCCAGCAUUCGAUUCCAGGAUUUCAAGUCAUGUUUUGUUGAGCCUUGGGCUUCACAGUCAACAUGUACGUUCUCAAUGUACGUCAACAGAAUAUCUGGCGGCGAUGUUGAUCUCAUGAUUCAAGUGCCCUUGCAGUACUGGAUGGGCAGCCAUAGCGUUACUAAUGUCAAGGGAAUCACUGUUGCUGGUAACUAUAUUCCAAUGGAUUUCAGCAUGUCAGACAGUCAGUCUUGUGGACAAUCAAUUAGUACAACCUACAGGAUACCACCGCAAGUGUCAGGAACGAUUCAGAUCAUCGUUUACUUUGACCAAUCGAUGAUGUACGCAUAUGCUUGCAUCACGUCGGGAGUCACCUUCACGAUGAUUUCUCAUGACAAUACCUUAUGGGACAUCUUGUAUGACUCGUUUACCUCUCAGGAAUACAAGUACAAUUACAACCCACAGAUGUACGUUGAUUUGCAGACUGACUUUGAUUUUUGUAUUUUUGGAGAAAAUGCCAAAAGUCGAACCUAUUUAACGAGACAUUCUCUGAGAUUUGCUCAUUCCGACAAUUUGUUAUACUCACAAUUCAUUUUCAACAAUGACUAUGAGUCAUAUCCAGUGUUCAUGGCAGGAAAGAAAGUUCAAGACCAUGGUAUAAAGGGGUACACUAUCUACAUCAAGAGCCAUAAUGUGGAAAACUCACAUGAUGAAGAAUCGCAAAUUACUUUGUAUGAGAAUAAUAGCAUUACUUACACCGUUAUUACCCCGGUACAAAAUGAUGAUGACUCCUUUUCAUUUUCCAUUUCUAAAGGGUAUUCUAUCUUCUCAGGUUUUGUCAACAUCAACAAGACGGUGACUUUAACAGGCUUCUCUAAUCCAUUGAGCGAUUACUUUCGAGGCUUCUUCAAAGGCAGCAUGGUUGCUUCUCCUUUCACAGGUUAUUGCGAUGAAGUGCUCAUGGCCUGGAAUGCUCAGAACAUGGGAGCCCCUGCACUGAUCUUGUACGAACCUUCGGUCCAAUUUCCUCCCCCUCUUUUGAAAGGAACAGAAGGCCUGAACGACAUCUUGAAACAUCAGAUCAAAAUACCAGUCGCUGGCAUCUCAGGUUUGGACGCACUAAGACUGCUUUCGAAGUGGAUUCAAGGAGGAUCCUGCGCUUCAGGUUUUCCUUAUCUCUGCCUCCGUUCUAUGCAGCUGGCCAAGUUACCACUGGUUAGCAACGUUCGCUCAGGACAAGAGUACAAGCACACCGACUUAUCGAUCUUCUCAUCGCGAGGACCAACCUUUGAUCUCAGAAACAAGCCAGACAUCGUCGCUCCUGGUCAGAACAUCUUCUCCGCUUCUUCCGAUGGAAUCCGCAACAGCUACCAGUGCGCUGACUCCGUCGGGCUCAACAAGAGCUGCAUCCUCGAGAUGAGCGGAACCUCCAUGGCUACUCCAGCAAUCGCCGGGGCAGCCGCCAUAGUGAGGCAGUACUUCGAGGAGGGCUACCAGGUCACGGGCUCUCCCUCAGACGCGGAUGGUGUCAACCCUUCCUCCGCGCUUGUCAAAGCUAUGAUCAUUCAAAGCGGCAAGCCUCUGCGCCAUGCUUACCAGUAUGGGUCUAAGUUGGUGAGGAAUGGUUUGUGGAGUUGGUUUCAAGUCUACGGAGGGUCUGAAGUUACAUGGCAAGAGUCGACUGCAAGCCCUUCAGCGGAGCAGGGGUACGGGCUGCUUGACUUGUCGUCGGUCUUGUGGUUCGGAGCGGAUUCAGACUUUGUGUUGAAGACUUACGAUCGGGUGCAGCUGUCUCAAGUUCCGAGUCACUCUAGUGUGGACGGACCCCCCCGGGUCCCCUAUGCCUCCAAGGCGCUCAUGAGCGAUCUCGACCUCGUGCUCAUCGAUAGCAGUGGCAACACCUUGUACGGCAACAACCGCUCGGGCUCGGACAUGGACCGAACCAACAAUGUCGAGCAGAUCACCCUGCACCAGGCCCCCGCGGGGACCUAUAGCGUCGUCGUGUCUGCCUAUGACUUGCCUUGGGGGUCGCAGAACUUCGCGCUGGUGGUGACGGGGGCCAUCACUGCCGAGACAAGCUGCAGCUCGUUGCCUCCCUGCCCUAACAGCUGCUCAGGGCACGGCACCUGUAGAGCCUCUGUGUGCGAUUGUGCUGCAGGAUACUACUCAGUUGAUUGUAGUCAGUCACCUCGAUGUGGAGAUGGUGUUUUGACAGCUCCAGAGCAGUGCGACGACGGCAACUCAGUCUCAGGCGACGGCUGCUCGUCGACCUGUCAGGUGGAGCAAGGCUGGGAGUGCGACCAAGAGUUGUGGCCAGAAGUCAAGUCCUCCUGCUUCAAGUGCGCGUGCGGAUGCCAUAAAUACAAGGAGGAGUCUGGCAUUGUCAACGAGUCGAGUUUUGUCAACUACGUGGAAUGCGUGUAUGACAUCGAGCCGACUGGUUUGACUUCUAUUCAAUUUUCGUUUCCUGAUAUGUGGAACAAUCCAAAUCUCGACCUUGAGAUCUACACCUGUGCCAACUCAGACUGUAGCCACUGGAGCUUCGAUGGUUGGAUAUCAGGAACAUACAUGAGCCUGUGGUUGCCAGAAUCAUAUUUGUACAAACGUGCUUUCAGAGUCAUGUCGUCAAAGGUGAGGGUGGUUUCUUACAGCCCGUUCGUGCUCAAGUAUGGACCCAUCGUGUAUGACGUGUGCGGCGAUGGCAUUCAAGAAGGGCUGGAGGCGUGCGAUGACGGAAACCUCGUCGACGGCGACGGAUGCUCAUCGACUUGCAAGAAGGAAUGCACGGCAGCACAUUGCUGUCACAUUGAAUUGUCAACGCAUGACGUCUUCACCAACAUGUACAAGAACGAAGUUGUUCCUGGUGCCACUUGCGCCUCGUUCAGCAUCUACGACAGCAACAACGGUAUGGGCGAGAUCGAGCUGGCAGUCAUCCCUACCCUCCUGCUCCCAACCGUCUGCGAGCAACCAGGAGUCGACAACUCGUCGUCUACCAGCCUCAAAUUCAACGGAUCGCUUUCAACAAGUCAGUACAAGUUUGCAGCUGGAAACAUCAUGGGGGAUUGGAGCUUGCUCUAUCCUUCCUCUUUAUCCAACGGCAUGCAGAACAUGGAUGAUGGUAACUGGCUGCUCCCGGACUUUGGCUUCGACUUUUGUGUGAAUGGCAAGAACGUGAGGAAUCGGACGUACAUCAGUUCCAACUCCUACAUCACCUUCUACAACGGCUUCUCCUUCUACUCUGGUCUGUCUGCUUCCUGGCCUCCCACACCCACCAUGUUCAUCGGGGGAUCCGACACGUCGGCUCAGCUCGUGCUGACCAAGACAGUGUAUGAGGCGGGCAUGCGAGGCUUUCUCGUUCGGUUUGAAGGUACAGCCUCAAGCAGCGGUCAGCUCGGCUGGCCCAACAUCAUCUGGGAGGCGACAUUCUUCGAGGACAACCGCAUCAGAGUGUCUGUCGGGCUCAUGGCGAACAGCUACGGUCUCUCUCUGCUGAGCGAUGGCAACGGCAAGAUCCUCCUGCCUCUUGCCUUCCAGCAGAACUCAGCUGAGCUCCUGCACCUCAAGAACCUGUGCUCGUACAAGCAGCAGGUCGCGUGCGACAGACUUGAGUUGAGCUCGCAGGAGGAGAAUCAAGUCUUGUCCAACAAGUUUCAAGUCUUCCGCGGUCGCUCGCUCACCUUGAACUACUUCUCCACCGUCAACAAUCGAACUGCAUCGCCGUUUCCCUUCGAGCUGUCAUGGGGAGGCAAGUCAAAGCCCAUGUGCGGCAACGGGCUCCGAGACUGGAUGUUCCGCAGGCUCACUAUGGUGAGCUGCACUUCGACGACAUCUUACUGGUACACGUCAACGAUCAAUGACGGGACGGGACGAGUCUCCUCAUGGAGUUACCGGAUGUCUUCUUGCAAUGCUCUUCUCAGUCUUCUGAUCAACUCAACGGGGCCCAUGUACCUUCUCGUCGACAUUGACUCGACCUCUCUCUACGGGAGUUCGAUCAUGAACGUCACUCUCAACGGCGUCAGCAUCCCCUUCUCCUCUCCUGACCAGAUGAGUCCCAUGUGCGGGAUGAAAGUUCCCAUUGUCCUCACUCAAGUCCCCACCAACGUGCAGGGGUCGAAGCUCUCUCUGCAGAUCAACGUCAUGUAUCCUAACUGCUGGUACUGCUCCAACACUCCCUCCUGCCUCUACAUCAACGCAGAGGCUAUCCUCGCCACUCCUGACGUCUUCGAGCAGUGCGACGAUGGCAACCAAGUCGACGGUGACGGAUGCAGCAGCACGUGCACCAUAGAGCCCGGGGCCACGUGCGACAGCUCCUUCAGCAUCGGGUCGCUGCAGAGAGGGCCGGACGUCUGCCUCGGCAAGUACGGCAAGCAGGUGCCGGGAGGAUGCUCCAACUGGAUGGCGAUGCUCAACUCGUCGACGUAUCCGUUCCUGUGGGGUGAAGACCCGAGCUACAGGAACUGCUCGCUCCCUUACACGUGGGAAGAGAUUGCCAUUCCAGCUCUCAAGACCUGCUCAGUUCAGUACAAGAUGGGAGGCCUGGGGCUUCUCAUGACGGAUCAGUUUCAAGUUUGGAUCUGCGUGAAGGAUCACCCGUGUGCGUUGAGUGCGAGCAACCCUUACUUCUGCUUCGUCUACGAUGAGGACAAGGAAAGGUUCAUCCCUUGGGGAAGCAACUCCAAGCUUCAGCUCUUUCGACUUUCCUAG